AAACAACACAGACCACAAUGUUCAAGCUGGUGGUGUUGUCUGUAGUCGUGGCCCUGGCGGCUGCCAAACCUAGCGCCAUUGCUCCUUGGGGCCUUGGACUUGGUCUUGGACUCGGUGGUCACUUAGCCGCACCUCUGGCGGCUCCUGUGGUUGCUGCUCCGCUUGCAGCCCCAAUUUUGAGCGCUCCUGCUCUUGGCGCCUAUAACUACAGAGGACCGCUAUCGCUCGGACCUGGACAACCCGCAAGCAUCGUGGCUGCUGAUGGCAGGCCCCUUGACACCAUCAGCGUGAAUUUGGAUCGUGCUGCUCACUACACCGCGAGGGCCGUAGAUGCUCAUGGACUUCAUUUGUUGAAGAAACGGUCAGCUCCACUGCUCGCUCCCGCUCUACCUCUGGCUCACUCUGCUCGGCUUAGUUUGCCUGUGGGUCCCAUCGCUGCUCCCCUCGCAGCUCCUAUUGCGCCCUUGGGUCUUGGACCCAUUGCGCCCUUGGGUCUUGGACCUAUUGGACCUAUUGGCCCACUAGGUCUAGCCGGUGGUUUAGGUCAUGGUGGAGUUUUAGUCAAUCCUUUGGGCCGUGCUGCUGUUCUUGGCCAUGGUGAUUGGCGACACAUGCGAGACAAUGGGAGCGCUGUAGAUAGAAGGAACUGGGGCGAUCAAAGGUGCAGAAGCCAAAGGAGCCAGGCCCAAUCGGGUUACAGGUGCAGCCAGGAGAGGGGCAGAACGUUUCUUCAAAAUGUGAAGUCCAUCGAGUGCCUUAGCCGUGAGGUGGGCAGAACGGUCGAGGUUGACUUCCAAGGUGUCAAGAGGCCUACCGUCAGAUGCCAGGAUAUACGCUACGAUGUAUUGCAAGGGCAUCAGUUGUCCUCUGCAACAAGACAAACCACAAUGUACAAGUUCAUAGUAUUGUGUGCUUUCCUCGCCUCGGCUGUUGCCGACCCUCAGCCUGAGCCCCAUCCGGAGCCUCAACCUGAGCCAGGCACCUUUAUUGCGCCUCUACCGAUCAGUCCCUACGCAAGUGUUGUACUACCAGCAUCUACGACGAUUACAAACCAAGCUAGCAGUGUUCUUCAUCCGUCUCCAUACAUCAUCAACGCGCCAUUGGCCUACUCGCAUUUCAUCAAGAAACGCUCGGCACCACUGACGUACUUUUCACCAUCUUACGUUGCAUCUCCGGCUUUGGCUACCACCUACAGCGCGCCUCUCGUCCAGGGUGCACCUCUCAUCUCAUCACCAUACGUUGCUCCACUGCCCUACGUUGCUGCAACACAUUUAAUCAAGAAGCGAUCUGCUCCCUUCCUACCUAAAACGUACAUCGCUCCCACAACCUACGCUGGCACACCUCUGUUGGCUUCACCUUACUUUUCCACACCUUACAUUUCCUCGCCCCUGAUUCACACCGCGGCUCCAAUUAUCCCGCAGCCCGUCACUCACUUCAUCAAGAAGCGUUCUGCCCCUUUCAUCGGUCUUGCCCCAACUUCCUACUCCCAUCAGUCCAGAAUUGAUCUCCAUUCUACCCCACUUUUCAAUACUCCCUAUGCUUAUUCUCUGCCAGCUGCUCCCAUCACCUACCCCCAUUUACUCUAAACUGUGUUAACGUUAGAGUAUCUACUAAAAAGUCAGUUUCAAUUUGAAAAUAUAAAUUCAUUGUAAAUCCUAAAUUACCAAUAACCAUAUUAUGUUCCACUAUGUACAUAUAUUUCAGAUAUUUUUCAAUUGUUUAUAAAUAAGAUUUGGGAUAAAUAUAUAUAUUUUUACUCUUUA